CAAGAGAGAGUUGUAGGGAGGAGAUCACCAUUGUCAACAACAGUCUGCUGUCUUCUCUUCUCUUCUCUCUGGUUUUUACGAUCGUAAUUACAUGGAUUCGGACCCUGCUCGUCGUCGUCUCCUGGCAAUCCGAAGUCACCUUGCACCCGUUGCCGACGACCAAGACUCGCUUCUCGCAACCAAUCAAACAGCAGCUGGAGAGUUCGUUUUGGAGCAGGGUUACAGUAUUGUGCUGCCAGAGAAACUGCAGACUGGUAAAUGGAAUGUUCACAGAUCUGCACGUUCCCCAUUGGAGCUUGUGAGAGGUUUUCCUGACCAUCCUGAUAUUAGGACCUUGCACGACAAUUUUGUGCAAUCAACUGAGACUUUCAGAGACAACAACUAUUUGGGUAGCAGAAUUGGGGUUGAUGGAACAGUUGGAGAGUACAAGUGGAUGACAUAUGGGGAAGUCAGUAGUGCUCGGUCCCACAUUGGUUCUGGUCUCUUAUAUCAUGGUAUAUCAAUGGGUGCUAGCAUUGGGCUCUACUUCAUUAACAGACCAGAGUGGAUGAUAGUUGACCAUGCUUGCUCAGCAUACUCGUUUGUAUCAGUUCCUUUAUACGACACUCUAGGCCCAGAUGCUGUAAAAUACAUUGUAAACCAUGCGGUUGUCGAAGCUAUUUUUUGUGUUCCCCAAACCUUGAAUACUUUGAUGACUUUCUUGUCCGAGAUUCCAACUGUACGCAUAAUAGUGGUGGUUGGAGGAGUAGAUGAACAAUUGCCUUCACUUCCUUCUCCCUCGGGAGUUAAAAUUGUCUCAUACUCAAGACUACUUAAUGAGGGUCACGAUAGUCCUCGGCCAUUCUGCCCGCCAAAACAGGAUGAUGUUGCUACUAUUUGUUAUACAAGUGGUACUACUGGGACACCUAAGGGUGUUGUCUUGAGUCAUGGAAAUUUGAUUGCAAAUAUAGCGGGGACUACCUUUAAUGUGAAGUUCUAUCCAUCAGAUGUUUAUAUAUCUUAUCUUCCUCUGGCACACAUAUAUGAAAGGGCCAAUCAAUUGUUACUGGUGUAUUAUGGUGCAUCUGUUGGAUUCUACCAAGGGGACAACCUGAAAUUGAUGGAUGAUAUGGCUGUAUUAAGACCCACUAUAUUUUCCAGUGUUCCUCGGUUGUACAAUAGGAUAUAUGCUGGCAUUAUUAAUGCUGUGAAGUCAUCGGGUGGUCUGAAGGAGAGGCUUUUUAAUACUGCUUAUAAUGCUAAGAAACAAGCUAUAUUGAAAGGCAAGAAUCCAUCCCUUAUGUGGGAUAGAUUAGUUUUCAAUAAAAUCAAGAUGAAGCUUGGAGGACAAGUUCGGUAUAUGACUUCUGGUGCCUCGCCGUUAUCUCCUGAUGUCUUGGACUUUUUGCGCAUAUGUUUUGGUUGUCCGGUUAUGGAGGGAUAUGGAAUGACUGAAACUUCUUGUGUUAUAACUUCUAUGGAUGAUGGGGACACUUUGUCUGGUCAUGUUGGCUCUCCAAAUCCUGCUUGUGAAAUAAAGCUUGUUGAUGUACCAGAGAUGAACUAUACAUCCGAGGAUCAGCCAUAUCCUCGGGGAGAAAUAUGUGUGAGAGGCCCCAUUACCUUUCAAGGUUAUUACAAGGACGAAGUUCAAACGAGAGAAGUAAUUGAUGAAGAUGGAUGGCUUCAUACAGGAGAUAUUGGAUUGUGGCUUCCUGCUGGUCGGUUGAAAAUAAUUGAUAGGAAGAAGAACAUAUUUAAGUUGGCUCAAGGAGAGUACAUUGCACCUGAAAAAAUUGAGAAUGUAUAUGCUAAAUGCAGAUUUGUUUCACAGUGCUUUGUUUAUGGUGACAGUCUGAACUCGUCGUUGGUUGUAAUUGUGUCUGUGGAUCACGAGGUAUUGAAAGAUUUAGCCGCAAGUGAAGGCAUUAAGUACAACGACCUAGAGGAACUCUGCAAUAAUCCGAGGAUAAAGGCUGCGGUGCUGGCUGACAUGGAUGAAAUCGGAAAGGAAGCUCAGCUAAGAGGAUUUGAAUUUGCAAAGGCAGUGACAUUGGUGCUAGAACCAUUCACUGUCGAGAAUGGUCUUCUUACUCCAACUUUCAAGGUCAAGAGGCCUCAAGCAAAAGAAUACUAUCAAAAAGCUAUUGUUAGCAUGUACCAUGAUCUCUCCACAUCUGAUAAUGCUUUCUCUUAACUGGGUAUUAUAGAAAAUAUCAAAAACUGCCAAAGGAGAAAAAUUGUGCAUUUGAUAUUAUUUGAAAGUAAAUGUUAUAUGAUUUAAACCUAUCCAAUAAGAACAUGUAUGUAUUCAGAUAUUAUUUGAAUUUCUAAAAUGCAUUUUGU